CUUGCCCCUCUCCUCCACGCAACGACCUGCUCUCCCUGAACUCAGCGUUCAGCCCGACAUUCGUUUAAUUCCCACUGUCUUUACUUCCUCUCUCAACAGCAACCAGCUUCUCUUCAAUGCAGUCUUUCGUACGCGUCUUCGCCCUCGCCGCUCUUUCGGCCUUCCUGGCAACGGCUAGCUUUGCUUCACCCCCCGCUGGAGGCCUUGCCAAGCGUGACACUGAGGGCGGACCUACCCACGUCUCCACUCUUCCGCUUCCCUCGAGCCGCCACUUGACCAAUGCGGAGCGCAUGGCCCGCGGUCUGCCUCCCAAUCCCCCUAACAGGCGCAACGGCCGCCUCGUCGCACGCGUUUCUCCCACGCCUGUUGGUGCUAACAGCCCUGCUCCUACGCAGCAAGCGUCAGGAUCCGGCUCCUGCACUCAGCGCUCUGGUAUUAUUGAGAUCGCCUCUGUUGACCGCUCCAUCAGUGGCUACCUUGCCAAUGUAACUACUCGUUUCGGCCAGUAUGGCUUCUCGCCCAACAAGGGUGAUGCGAUCGAAGUUCUGGCGCACUGUGACGGCGACCGCUUUGACUUGACUACUGUUGAUAUGAGCUCUUCCUACCCUUACUUCGGAGGUAUCACCGGUCUUCAGAGCAUCUCAGCCGACCUUCUACCAGGCACGUCUAACUACGCGUACUUCGGCGGUGUCACUCCUACGCUCCCUGGAAAGCCUGCCUCCAGCCAGGAUAGCUCCUUCACGUCGCUCACCAAGAUUAGCAACACUGUAGAGAGUGCUAUCUGGAGUAUGGACGACUCUACCGGCAUUCUCACGCCUCACUGGGUCAACGGCAGCGGUGACGAGCAGACCACUUACAUCGCAUACUCCCCCUCCGUUGGCGUGCUUUACUUCACUGGCGAUCUCUCGGAAUUCCAGGGUGCUGUUGGCGAGAGCGUUCACGAGAUAAUCUUCAAGCUCGUUGCCGCUUAGGCAUACUCGGGAGUCGGCCAUGCCUUAGAAUGCGCGAUUUGCUCUCUCACAGCUUCCAAUUUCUUGCUUUUUAGAAUGGUUCUCUCUUACUCCACUGCACUCGGUUACGAAGUGCGGCGCCCUACUCACUCGGGCCUGGGCUGGACUUUCUAUAGUACUUUUAGUUCGUAAUGUUGUGACAGUGCGUAUUUUCUGCCCUGUAUGUUUAGUACCCAGACUACAGGGCCCUUUAAAUACUCGUAUGUGUAUAAGAUACGGCUCAAGCACAAGUCGCUACUAUCACGUG